CGCCCCGGCGGCCGCAGCAAAAGUUUGCUCUCCGACUUCGCGGGACAGAGGCUGAGCGAGCCGGUUGAGGGACAGGCGAUGAAGACCCGGUGAGAGCGACGGGCCAGCCGAGCCCGAAGAAGACCCCAGGCCACAGCGACAUUCUGAGACCGUGGUCCGAGCGGAGGCAGAAGCGCCCUGUACAGCCGCGUGUCCCUCAGGAUGCCGGCGACCCGAUAUCCUCUGCGGACGGAGGAGCCGGUUUCCCACACCCUGCUGGAGUCUGGCCUGCGCAUUCCUGGAGCCAGAGCCACAGCCACAGUCCUGCUCUGGCCUUGAAAUGAACGUUCCCUGGGUGCCCUCUGGUGGAUUGUGCACCUAACUGUCGGCAUCGAUGGCAGCCACGAUUCCGCCGAUUCCUCCCACCCAGCCUACCUCAGCCAAUGAGACUCUGCAGAAACAUUACAACUACGUGGGGAAGCUGGAGGGCAGGCUGAAGAACUCCUCUGAGGGCAGCACGCUCACCACUGCCCUCUUCUUGGUAUUGUGCAGCUUCAUCAUCUUGGAGAAUCUGAUGGUUUUGAUCGCUAUCUGGAAGAACAACAAAUUUCACAACCGCAUGUACUUUUUCAUCGGCAAUCUGGCUCUGUGCGACCUGCUGGCAGGGGUGCUGUACAAGGUCAACAUUCUGAUGUCCGGUGAGAAGACGUUCAGCCUGUCCCUGACCGUCUGGUUCGUUAGGGAGGGAAGUAUGUUUGUGGCUCUGGGGGCGUCCACCUGCAGUUUGCUGGCCAUCGCCAUCGAGCGCCACCUGACCAUGAUCAAGAUGCGGCCCUAUGACGCCAACAAGAAGCACCGGGUCUUCCUCCUGAUUGGCAUGUGCUGGCUCAUUGCCUUCUCACUGGGUGCCUUGCCCAUUCUGGGCUGGAACUGCCUGCAGAACCUGACCGACUGCUCCACCAUCUUGCCCCUGUACUCCAAGAAGUACAUCGCCUUCUGCAUCAGCAUCUUCAUAGCCAUCCUGGUGACCAUCGUGAUCCUGUACGUGCGCAUCUACUUCCUGGUGAAGUCGAGCAGUCGCAAGGUGGCCAGCCACAACUCAGAGCGCUCCAUGGCCCUGCUGCGGACAGUGGUGAUUGUGGUGAGUGUGUUCAUCGCCUGCUGGUCCCCCCUCUUCAUCCUCUUCCUCAUCGACGUGGCCUGCAGGGUGAAGCAGUGCCCUGUCCUCUUCCAGGACCGGUGGUUCAUCAUGCUGGCCGUCCUCAACUCUGCCAUGAACCCUGUCAUCUACACUCUGGCCAGCAAGGAGAUGCGGCGUGCCUUCUUCCGACUGGUCUGCAACUGCCUGGUCAGGGGCAAGGGGGCCCAUGCCUCACCCAUGCAGCCUGCUCUAGACCCAAGCAGGAGCAAAUCUAGCAGCAGCAACAGCAGCCACUCCCCGAAGAUCAAGGAAGACCAGGGCCCCAUGGCCACCUCAUCUUGCAUCAUUGACAGAAACAGAACCCUUCAGAACGGGAUCCUCUGCAAGUGAGCCCCUCCAGGCGGCCAGCCCUGCAGCCACGCUCUUAUUUAUUGCUUGCAUGUCUCGCUUCCAUGUGGGCCUUUACGGAGCUGUGACUCAGGAGAUCUACUUGACAUUGCCUGACAGCCUGCCUGGUAUGAAUAUCUCCUGAGGAGAGGACCCAAGAAAACAUCAACCCAUUUCAAUGUAGACAUUGUGCCUUGUCCGUUUCCAGAGUCCUCCGAAUGUACUAAGCUGCUCAUCAUCUACCACCUUCCUUUGAGUCCUGGAUACGACUUUCUGUGGUUCCCAGUGGGGGAAGGUCACAGGCCACACAGUGUAUAGUGUGCCUCUCCGUGGGCCUUUGGGUGAUGUUUUAAUACUUCACAGUACACUGAUUAUAUAGCAAUUAUAUAUUCAUCAGUUUCUGUGUCACAUGGAAUUUGUGCUCCAUGGAUUUGCCAUGAGGUGCCUACAGCCUAGCACCCCGUGCAGUUAUGUAACUGGUCUGAAGACAUGCUGUCCUCAGUCUGCUCAGACUGAUAGGAGGCCUUCUGGUAAGCACAUUUGUAAAGCCCUAUGUUUCUUCUGUCAUGUGUCUCUACAUAAUUUUAAGCACAUCCAAGAGCCAGAUCAUGUGAUUAUGAAACCCAGCCAAGAUCUCCCAGGGGCCUGUGUGUCCCCCCCACCAACCAAAGAGCGAGCCUGCAAGUAGGAGGCAAGGAUUCACCUUUCCAAGUCAUUGGGAGUUAUGAUCUGCUUAAUGUAAUAGUUUCCACUGAAACAAGGGGUUUAUAAGACAGCACUUUUGGUUCUUUGUCAAGUUUUGUUCUUACCAGAAAAGCACAGAGUCAGUAACCACUCAUACUGUCACCACCCAAUGCCUGGGAGCAUCAGUAAAGUCUCAAGCAUCUUGAAAGCAAACACCGAUCGUGACUAUUAGUGGCAGUGGUUGAACUGUCAGGUUAGGGAUUGUGGCCUGGCAGUUUAUGAGCUCUUCCCGGAGAUGUGCUGUGAUAAUGUCCACAUGGCAUUGUGAGUUUACUUUCCAACAUAAGCUGAACCUGUCUCACUCUGUUGAUCCUAUGAGGAAUCACUCCAAAGACGUCUCUGCCCAUAUUCCUCCCAAGGGUUCCACAUGCAGCACAUAGGGAUGGAAAGUGAAUACGAGUGUGGAGUUAGCAUGUGCACACCAUUGCUGUGCUGAGUUUUGUCACAACAAAAACAGCCUUCAAAAGGGUGAACCUCGAACCAGAGCUCCCUAAAGCUUUUAGGUUCAGUGAGAAUUUUGCCUUAUUAAUACCUAAAAGAGCAGUCUUAAAACAUGAAUGACCUUUUCUAAGAGAAAGUGAUUCCUCAAUGUAUCUGAUGUAAGCUGCUGUUCCAUGAGUCCUGGGUAUCCUCCAAGUACUGACCAAAGACUUUCCUUAUUUUUGUUCCUGAUGAGAUAGAACCUAUUGGUGAGGUUCCUCAGGGACAUGUGUUGUUGGAUUCUGUACAUCAUGGAAAAGCUGUGCAUUCUCUCAGCUGAUAGCAUAAGAAAACCUAAAGCAUUUCUAGGAAAAAAAUGGAUGAGAGGCCGCAUGCAUUUUCACCUAGGAAAUGAAGUGAUUUUAAAAGUUCACCUGUCCCAUGCUGAGUUGCUUUGGGAGCCUUAGCUCUCUUUGUCACUAAUACUAAUACCACCUUGUUCCCUUACCCUGACUUCCACAGUGCCUUUGUGUGUCAGUUUUCACUCAUUAACUUUUCUAGAAGCUACUUGCACUGCUCCUGCUGGGAAAUACCAUGCUUGUAGCUUGCCAACAAGGCUUCUUGGGAGUUCACACAAAGCUUUUAAGCGAUUUGAAUUUAAGAUGCAUGAGGAAAGUGAGUGUGAUCACUGAUAUACACAAAACCAAUCCGCCCGACACUGUUCUCACAUUCCCAAGUAGCCGGCUGGAGGUCACCUAGGAGCAGAGCUGAAAGAGCUCGCAGCAGGAAGGCUGGAGACAGGUGAUCUUGUAAGCCACAGAGAAUCUAUGUGUUUGAUCUCAUUGCAGUUGGUAGCCUUUACUCUUUCCAAUGUAUAUUUAAAAAAAUAAAACCAAUUCCAAUAUAUGUUUGUUUAAAAAAUAAAAUCAAAACCCUUUAUAUAAGCCAGUUUUUGAGAGUCUCCGGAGUAGGCUGGGAUUGCUUCAGUGUGUUUUCCUGGGACUAUCCCUUGGCAAACUUGCUUCUUAGCCAGUAUCUGUGUUUCUCAGCAUUUUGGGAAUAAAUCACAUUUAAAACCCAAGUCCUUCUUUCACCUUAUACUUCCCACUCUCAUUGAUAGUGUUUUAAUGAAGUUUUGCUCAUUGGUGCCACAUACAUCAGUGCUGGUAGAUCCUGCUCUUUCUAGGAAGGAUAAGAGCUCUUUUGAUAGGAAAUUGUGAGAAAGUACACCCAAGGAGAUGGGGUGUUUGGCCCUGCUUCAUCUGCUACUAUUUAUGCAAGAGGAGGAUACAUCAGCCCUUUGCAUUAGCUUUUUCCCUUGAAAAUGAUACAUUUGAUCCUCAUAUGUCCUGCUAGUGAUGCCACUGCCCCACGGGGUAAUGGUCGGCAGCCUUCACCCCCAUCUCUCCAACCUCGAUUGGCUGAGUGGGUGCAAGAUCAUGACAUUAACAUGAGACCCUAAGACUGCUUUCCCCACCCACCAGUUUUCAUGCUCCUGGGAAAUAACUAAGAACAUCUAUUUCCUAGAGAAAAGUUUCAAAUUGCUCUGCUUCUUUUUGUGAGGCAUUACGAGACCCGUCAUCCAAAUGAAAGAGACUUUUCACAAUAACCUUUAUUGCCAGCAGACUUACAUUUAUAGCCAUCGAAACAAUUAACUGUUUUGAAAAAUGGUUGUUCCUUUCAACUCUUGAGCCACAGUUAUUCUGUGUUGUUACAGAGCCUUUCACAGAAAUGUAACAAGGUGUAUUUUAUAGAAAAUGUCUAAUCACAUUGCCAGUUCCAUGCUUGUAAAUUGUAUCUACAAUGCAAAACCUCAACACCCAAAUGUUUUUAGUAUCUAAGUCAAACAUCCAAAGAGGUUGCUACAUAGUCAGAAAUGCACAUACCACUACUCUGAUAAUAAAGGCACAUUGUCCCAUAACCAGUUUUCAUGAGAAGUUCAGCAUUACCUAAAUUAGGUGUGUCAUCUUGCACUUCUGAAUCAGAGUGAUGAUGCUUGGGGAUGCUGUGUGACACCUCCACCUGGAGAACCCUGUAGCACAGGAUGCCCUGGAUGCUUGGUGAAAGGCUUGUAAGUGAAAUCAUGUCAUUUCCUGAAGGAGGGAAAUGGAUUCGCUGAAGGUGUCUAGGGAAUUUAAGCCCAAUGUCUUGAUAGGUUGUAUUGUCUGAUCUCCAAGAUGUUGGGAAAAUACCUCAGGAUUUAUCAUUCCUCAUAGAACAAACAUUAGAAAACUUGAUGUGAGUUUUGUAUUUCCACUCCCAGGGGUGUCCAAAAGCCAAUUCCAUUCCAGUAUCAAAGGAGAAAGGAGUAACUUGGUCGUACACCCAGACACAGACCAUUACAAUAAUUGUUUUCAUUUCACAAAAGUUAAUGGAAAUAAAACAAAAUUUUCAAAUAAUAUUCAUUUAUCAGUAAAUAUAAUUUGCCAUCCAAAUGCUUUUUAAAAGUAAUAAAUAUCUUAUUAUCACACACUAAAUUUACAUGGAGUUAUCUCCUAAUCAGGGGAUUUCAAAACCAGAUGUUCAAUUUUGAAUACAAAGAAAUAUUCCCAUACUUAAUUUCACAGUCUUCUGGAACAAGUUCUAUUCAAAAGUCAAAUGAGCAGAGGACAUUCCACUUGCAACUCACACAUAAUUGUUACCCAAAACCCUCAGUAUUAAAAGUUGGAUUUGUCCAUUCA